AUGAUAUUGGGACACAUGUCAUAUGAUGUUAUAGGAGCCCAGAUUCUUCAAACUGGGAUCCCAGCAUCCAAAGCUAACCUCAUUGCCACAACAGAGGUUUCUAUUGCAAGCCUGGCAGAGUCUAUAAUGCUAGGAGUUGCAAUACUUGCAAAUGAUUCAAGACAUUUUGGAUUUCUGGCAAUGUUGUCCCUUCUGUCUGUAGUUGGUGCAGCAUAUUUGUUCUGUAAGUGGUUAAUGAAUGCUACAGAUGCACAAAGAAGUCUACUCUCUUUGAUCCUCAGUUUUGAGUCCUCA